AUGAAAUCUUCUGCUCCUCCAACAACUGACAACUCUCAACAAAAGAAUGGGUCUGUUUCCUCAACACAACAAAAUUUGCAAAGUCCGGCUAGAAAAGUUCAAAAUAUUAUUGCAAUAAAGCCAAGAAUUAAAAGAAAAGUUGUGGAAUUAUUUUGUUCUGAAGUUAGAUGGUUUUUUAGACGAAAAGAGGACACGAAAUGGAUGCCUUUUAAAGGUUUUUUAAAAAGAUUUUGUGAAGAAAAAUUUUUAGGUUAUGAUUCUACUGUUUUAGAAGUUGCUUUUAGACGUCAAAAAAGAUUAGAAUUUGAUGACGAAACAACAAAAUUUUUAAAUUCUUUACCCGAUUCUGUAAUUGUAAUGGAAGGUAAUUACGUGGCAGAUGAACAAUUGCAAAAUAUUAAUGCAAUAUAUUGGAAGGAGGAUACUUUUCAGAUUCGUCGAGGAACCUGGUUUUAUAUGGAAACCUGUCAGCCUCUUCCAGAUGAUUUUGCUGAUACAAUUGAGACUCAUCAUUUAAAAAGCUUUAAAGGCAAUGUUAUUCCAGAAACACCUGUUUUUAGUGAAUCGGAAUCCAGCAAGAAACCUGAAUUAACCACAGUAAAGUGGGGAGAUGAAAAAGUUUGUUGGAAUUCUGUUGUCGAUGUCCAUAUAGCUUCAAAAAGUAAUGCAGUUGUUCGUUUUUUGACUAGAGCUAAAACUGUUCCUUUGCGUAGAGGAUACAUUGAAAUGGCAAACCCAGAGGAAGGAAGACCUAAAUUCUCUGAUUUGAUUCUUGUAAUCCAUGGAAUUGGACAAAAAGGAUAUGAAAAUUUAAUAGCUAAAAAUACAGCGCAAAUACGUGAUGCGGUAAUUCACCAAAUGGAUAAAUAUUAUCCAAAUGAGAAGAGGCGUCCAGCAAUAUUGCCUAUUGAAUGGCGUUCAACUCUUCAAUUAGACAAUGGGAUGACAGACGUUGUAACUCUUCCAAAAAUGGUUUGGGCAAGAAGUACACUUAAUUCUGUUUGUAUGGAUUUAAUGUAUUAUCACUCCCCUCUUUAUCGUUCUGAAAUUGUAAACGGAGUCAUCAAAUGUUUAAAUAAUGUUUAUACUUCAUUUUUGGAAAAUAAUCCUGAUUUUUCUGGUCCUGUUUCUGUUAUUGGACAUUCCCUUGGAUCAGUAAUUGCCUAUGAUAUUUUAACCAAUUGGAGCCCUUUCCUUCUUUAUGAUCAAUUUGUAACUAAUGCAAUUGCCGAAAAUCUUCAACAAAAUUUCCCAGCGGAACAAAAACAAUUAUUAGAACAAUUUUAUGAUAGCCGGAAAAAAAUGCUUGAUUUGGGUGAUUUAAUGGAACAAAUUUUGGUAAAAUAUCUUUUCUGUCUUGGUUCUCCUCUGGCUGUUUUUACAAUUAUGAGAGGAGCAGAUUAUCGAAGUAUUGUGCCGGAUAAAGAUAAAAUUGAAAGAAUUUUUAAUAUUUUUCAUCCAUAUGACCCUGUUUCUUAUCGGUUGGAGCCUAUGUUUCAUGAAAAUUAUAAACACAUUAGACCAAUUAAACUUUUCAACUAUCGGGAUGCAGUAAAACCCUAUGAUAAUAAUUUUUAUGAUUGCCAUAAAAGCUAUUUGGAAGAAUGUAAAGAUAGAAAGAGGAGGGAAGUCAAAGCGAAUAAAGGAAAAGAAUCAAAAGAGAAGACUGGAAAAAGUGAUAAUGGAUCUAAAAAUAGUGGUAAAUCCCAAAAAACUAAGAAAGAACGCCCAAAGUCAGUCGAUGGAGAUGACGAAGAUGAAUAUUUUAAAUAUGAAGUGGAUUCUGAUUCAGAUGCUGGCUGUCAAAGUAAUUCAACUCCGGCGACAGGUUCAUCUCCUCGAAGUAUAACUCCCCAUAAUAUUGAUAAUAAUACAAACGCUACACUUACACCUGCUACUCCAACAAUUCAGGAAUUAAAAUUUUGUGAUCCUGACUCUUAUGCAAAAAUUAAUAAAGAUCAAACAGAAAUUGAUGAACAAGCACUUGAAGUUGGAAUUGAGCCUGGGGUUGAUGAUGAAGAAAAAUUUAAAGAAUUAGUUAGUGAUGUUGAAGGUAAUCAACAAAAGAAUGUUGCCUCACAUGAUAUUUUGAAAACAAUGGGGGAAGCUGGUCGUUUAGUACAACCUUGGACUUUAGAAAAAUCAUAUUGGUCAAUGCUUCGUUCACAUUUUUCUUAUUGGACAAAUCCUGAUGUUGCUGCCUUUUUGCUUAAUACACUUUAUCCGCAACCAGAAAAUUCUGAGAAUUCUUAA